AUGGCCCGCGUUCAACAGAUCAUUUUGUUUGGAGACCAAACCGACGAUUUUACAUCGCUUCGUCGUCUGCUCUCUCCCAAUGUGGAGCCAUUGUUGAAUGACUUUCUGAACAAGGCCGUUCGGGGAGUGCGAACGGAAAUCAGCUCGCUGCCGCUCCAAGUCCGCCAACAAUAUCCUCAUUUUGCCUCAGUGGCCAGCUUGCUGGACUGGAGGGAUGGUCAGAAGAAAGCGCAUCCAUCUAUUGACAGUGCUUUGACAUGUAUUAACCAGCUGGCUCAUUUUAUUCAAGCCCAAAGCUCCGCCUCUACUUAUACCAGUCCUUCGGACAUCAUUAUCGGCGGUCUUUGUCUUGGAUCUCUGUCUGCAGCGGCCGUUAGCAGUUGCCAGUCGAUUUCAGAACUCCCCAACGUCGGUGCAGAAACCAUAAAGAUCGCAUUCAGAACAGGGCUCCAUGUAUCGCGAGUCGGACGUGCUAUUGAUCAAUCCGAAACGGAGUCAUGGUCUAUGGUGGUUGCUACACGGUCUCCGGAUGACAUUUCACACCGAAUUGAUCGAUUCAUAGAGGCUCAGGUUCGUGCUUUAUCUAUUCUUUCUAUCAAUAAGAAACACCUACCAUCGCACACUCGACCCUAUAUCAGCGCAUACUUGUCACAUGCUGUGACGAUCAGUGGGCCGCCAACAAGUCUCUUCAGCUUGAGACAAUCUGCCGAGUUUGCUUCUCUCGCUCCACGAUCCAUUCCUAUCUUCGCUCCUUAUCAUUCUUCUACUCUUUUUAACCCUGCGGACUCUGCAUCUAUCCUGGGUAACCUUCUUGCCGAUGAGAAGAAAACCACAAGCAACAUCCCGUUUAUCUCGAGUACAAGUGGUAGACCUUUCGAGGGAACCGAUAUUCGCUCCCGAUUUGAAUAUGCCCUAGCUCAGAUCCUCCUAGAGACUCUCCGUUGGCAAAGCUUCGUCAAUGGAAUGAUCGCUGCUCUUCCGGAUCAUGAGGGCCCAGACGCUUUCAAGUUUCACGUCCAGUCAUUCGGCAGUACCGCAGGACCUCGGCUUGCCGAAGCAAUUGAAGCCGCCACCAGUCUCACGCGUUAUCAGCCUGACCCUUCCUCAAACCUGUCGCUGAAGCCCACAGACAACAUUGACUCAUCUAAGAUCGCCAUCAUUGGAUACUCUGGCCGAUAUCCCCACGCCGAAUGCAACGAAGAGUUUUGGGACCUGCUUAUCAAAGGACUUGACGUGCACGAGGUGGUGCCAGCCUCGCACUGGGACGCACGAACCCAUGUUGCCGAGCCCGGCAAGGGAAAGAAGAACACAAGUGCCACGCCAUAUGGGUGCUGGCUGCAAAACCCAGCGGCUUUUGAUGCUCGCUUUUUCAACUUGUCGCCGCGUGAGGCUCCUCAGGUGGAUCCCGCGCAACGUAUCGCCCUGAUGACGGCUUAUGAAGCCAUGGAGCGCGCGGGUCUGGUACCUAAUACAACUCCAUCCACGGCCAAAGACCGUGUUGGUGUCUGGUACGGUGUCACAUCCAAUGACUGGAUGGAAACAAACACUGCACAAAACAUUGACACGUAUUUUAUCCCCGGUGGCAACCGAGCCUUUAUCCCCGGUCGGCUGAAUUACUGCUUCAAGUUCACCGGUCCCAGUUAUGCGGUUGACACGGCAUGCUCGUCUAGUCUGGCGGCCAUUCACCUCGCCUGCAACGCCCUUUGGCGUGGUGAGGUCGACACGGCUAUUGCUGGCGGCACCAAUAUUCUCACCAACCCUGACUUCACAGCGGGUCUCGACCGCGGCCAUUUCUUGUCCCGAACAGGCAACUGCAAAACAUUCGAUGAUGAAGCCGAUGGAUACUGCCGUGGAGAGGGUGUUGGCACCGUAAUCUUGAAGCGCCUGGAUGAUGCUUUGGCCGACCGUGACCCAAUUUGCGGUAUCAUCUUGAGUGCCGGCACGAACCACUCGGCCGAUGCAGAGUCAAUCACUCGCCCUCAUUCUGGUGCACAGCAGCAUCUUAUUCAAAGUCUGCUACGUACAGCCGGCGUUUCACCGUACAGCGUUAGUUACGCUGAGAUGCACGGUACGGGCACUCAGGCUGGAGACGCUGGUGAGAUGAACUCGGUGCUGUCCACGCUGGCACCUUCCUCUGUUCCAUACCGCACGCCAGACCAGCCACUGUACCUUGGCUCCGCAAAGGCAAAUAUUGGACAUGGAGAGGCAGCUUCCGGUGUUUCGAGUCUUAUUAAAGUGUUGCUGAUGAUGGAGCACAAUGCCAUCGCACCCCACUGCGGUAUCAAGACUCGCAUCAAUCGGAAGUUCCCCACGGACCUUGGCGACCGCAAUGUCCACAUUGCGUUGACUCCAACAGCUUGGGAAAAGCAACAAGGAGAACCCCGUCGCGUUCUGGUGAACAACUUCAGCGCCGCCGGCGGCAACACUGCGCUCUUGUUGGAGGACGCGCCCUCGUUGCCAGAGACCACUGAGGCAGAGGAUCCUCGAACUCAUCAUCUUGUAGCGGUCUCAGCCAAGUGUGCAUCUUCCCUGGAAGCGAAUGUCAAGUCACUUCUGGGUUUCAUUGAAUCUGCUGGAGAGGAUAUCUCCCUGCCGCAGCUUUCUUACACAACGACUGCCCGUCGCAUGCAUCAUUUGCAUCGCGUUAUUGUCCAGGGGUCUAGCAUCCCCGAAAUUAAGAGCCAGCUGGAAGCAGCUCUUUCACGUGGCGAUGGCGCCAAUCGACCGAUCGGAAUUCCAAAAUUGGUAUUUGCCUUCACCGGUCAGGGCAGCCAGUUUGUUGGAAUGAGCCGAAAACUCUAUGAGUCUAUGCCAUCAUUCCGCAGCAACAUGCAGCUAUUGGAUCGAAUUGCUCAAUCUCAAGGCUUUGACAGCUUCCUGCCAUUUAUCGAGGACGAAUCGGAGUCCAGUUUGAAGCGCUUCUCGCCCAUGACUGCCCAACUGGCGAGUGUCUGCCUUCAAAUUGCAUUGGCCCGCCUCUGGGCGUCGUUUGGAAUUGUUCCCAGUGCCGUCGUCGGUCAUAGCCUGGGAGAGUACGCUGCCUUGAACGUGGCUGGUGUUCUCUCUGACGCUGACACUGUCUUCCUUGUUGGUAAGCGGGCACAGCUUCUAGAAGAGCAUUGCACCCUACAUACUCACAGCAUGCUGGUCGCUCGAGCUUCUGUUGCGAAUGUCGAGUCGACGGUGGCUUCGAUGCAAUAUGAAAUUGCGUGCAUUAACGCACCCGAGGAGACCGUGUUGGCUGGGCCCAACGACCAGAUCGAGGCCCUUCAGCAAACACUGUCGCAAGGUGGAGUGCGAUCGAAGACAAUCCCUGUCUCAUAUGCCUAUCACUCAUCACAGGUGCAACCCAUUUUGGAUGAUCUGGUGCAGGCGGCUCAACCGAUUGUUUUCAACAAACCAGCGAUCCCCGUGUUGUCUCCCUUGUUGGGCGAUAUCGUGGAAUCUGAAGGGAUCUUCGGACCGGAGUAUCUGCAGCGACACUGCCGUGAAACUGUGAACUUCCACCAGGCAAUGCAGGUUGCUCGAGCUGCGGGUGUCAUCAAUGAUCGCACUCAAUUCGUCGAGGUCGGUCCACAUGGAGUGGUUUCCGGCCUGAUCAAGGCAGCUUCCAAAACAUCUCAGGCACAUGCAGUGCCGACUCUGCAACGGGGACGCGAUGACUGGCAGAGUCUGGGCGAAGCCGUGUCGACCCUUUACCGCGCUGGACUGGAUAUUGCCUGGAACGAGUACCAUCGUUCGUUUACUGCUGCGCAACAUGUGAUUCGUCUUCCAGCAUAUAACUGGAAUCUGAAGGAUUACUGGGUUCAGUACGUCAACGACUGGUCUCUGCGCAAAGGAGAUCCGCCACUCAUACAGACUGCUCGCCUGGAGGAAUCAACCACCAUCCAUCGCAUUGUGGAGGAAACAAAGGAUGGUAUCGUGGUUGAAGCCGAUUUGUGUCGCAAGGAUCUGAGUCCCAUUGUGCAAGGUCACAACGUUGAUGGGAUUCCCCUUUGCACUCCGUCGGUAUAUGCGGAUAUUGCCCUCUCGGUGGGUGAAUAUCUGCGCAGCCGCCACCAAUGCCACGAUGUCGACACCGUGGUUGCCAUCACGGAAAUGACCAUCAAGAAGGCGCUUAUUGCAAAGCCCAGUGGCACUCAUCUUCUUCGUGCAGCAACAACCGUCGACUGGGAUGCAGGCAGCGCAUUGUGUCGAUUCCUUUCCAUGGAUUCAAAGGGCCAGCCUACCAAUGAGCACGCGCACUGCACGAUUCUUCUCUCUAGCCCGAGUCGCCGCGCGGCUGCAGAGACAGAACGCAUCAAGAUUCAGAGACGCGUCCGCGAAAUGCGUGAGGGCAUAGAGCCCGGAAAAACCCAGCGUUUCAACCGUGCUAUGGUGUACAAAAUGAUUCGUCCAUUGGCGGAAUUCCACCAAGACUACAGAACGAUCGAGGAAGUUAUCAUUGAUAGCACAACCCUCGAGGCAGCGGCUCGUGUCUGCUUCUCUGAAGUGCAGGCCCCUGGAAAGUUCCAUACCCACCCGUCUUAUCUCGAUGGACUGGCUCAGUCUAGCGGAUUCGUGAUGAAUUGCAAUGAUGACGCUGACCUUGACCGGGAAGUGUUUGUCAACCAUGGGUGGAAGAGUUUGCAGGUGUAUGAGCCAUUGCGGCCGGACGCACAUUACUCUACGUUUGUGCAGAUGGUCGAAGGAGAGAGUCGUAUGUAUGAGGGUGAUAUGAUUGUGAUGGAUGGAGAUACAGUUGUUGCAACCUUCCAGGGUGUAGUGUCCCAAGGCGUUCCGAGACAUGUUCUGCGCUAUGUGCUUUCCAUGGAGAGUGGCGACCCAGCCCUCGUGGCCUCCGCUAAGAAAGCUCUUGUCGCGUCUGCAAAGCAGACUCCCAAGACAGCUGCCCCUGCUCCCAAGAGGGUUGAGCAAAGAGCCACUCCCGCCAAACCGACUGCAAUGCCACCGGUGGCUGCAAAGUCGCCGUCCCCGGCAAGCUCAUCUUCACUCGUGGCAUCUGCGCUGCAAAUCAUCUCAGAUGAGAGCGGCGUAUCGCUUUCUGAGCUGGAAGACAGCUGUGUCUUUGCGGACAUGGGAUUGGACUCUCUUCUUUCUCUUGUCAUCACCAGUCGAUUCCGCGAGGAGCUGCCUAUAGAUGUGCCAGUCGAAGGAUUCUUCAUCACUUAUCCCACGGUGGCUGAUUUGAAAACUUACCUCGGCCAGCAUCAAAGCGAGGACACGGCACUGACACCGACGCCUGUUUCCGAAGUGCCUAAGCCCGUCGAGGAAUUCUCCCUUCCGAUCCCUCAGACCAAGGUGGCGUCGACCUCUGCCAAUUGGACCACUGCACUGUCCAUUAUCUCUGAAGAGAGUGGAAUUAGUAUCGAUGAGUUGACGGAUGACUGCGUCUUCUCUGACAUGGGCAUCGACUCGCUGCUGUCACUCGUGAUCGUCAGCAGAUUCGCGGAAGAGCUGGAAAUGGAUGUUCCACUUGAGUCCAUCUUCACUGAUUAUCCGACCAUUGGGGAGAUCAAAGUCUUGUUCCUGGCCGAUCAAGCUAGCAGCGACGACUCGAGCUCGGCCGACGAGAACAAUGUGACUCCAGCGUCAAGGGCCAUCACUCCGUCCUCUGAAACCUCGGAAUACUUCCCCCUGGAGAUGAAGCCGGCAGCUCUCCCUGUGCCACGUACCACCUCAGUUCUCUUGCAGGGCUCGCCUUCCAAGACGGACAAGACAUUGUUCCUAUUCCCCGAUGGCGCUGGCUCCGCGACAUCCUACACAGGAAUUCCUCGCGUGGACUCUAGUGUUUCCGUCGUCGGCUUGAACUCGCCUUAUCACCGUCAGCCACAUCUGUUUAACUGCACCGUGAAUGAUCUGAUCAAGAGCUACAUUGAGGAGGUCCGUCGCCGCCAACCAACCGGCCCGUACCACUUUGGUGGUUGGUCUGCGGGCGGUAUCUUGGCCUAUCGCGCCACUCAGAUGAUGAUCGAGGAUUACCAAGAACGUGUUGCCAGUCUCACUCUCAUCGACAGUCCCGUGCCUCAUGGUCUUGAUCGCCUCCCGCAGCACUUCUAUGACUACUGCAACAAGGUACAUCUCUUUGGCGCCAGUCAGGGUGACAAAGCCCCAGCUCAAGCACCGGAAUGGCUAGUUCCCCAUUUCAAUGCCACUAUUGACACGCUGCAUGAGUACUACGCCUCUCCGCUGUCUCUGACCGACGCUAACAAGCCCCGCGUGUCAAUGAUCUGGGCUUGUUCGAGUGUCAUGGACAACGCGGAUAUUCCACGGCCGCCGUCCUGUGAAGAAGACACGGAGGGAAUGAAGUUCUUGACGGAAGCUCGUACUGACUUUUCAGAUAAUGGUUGGGCAAGGCUCUUCCCCGGUUGUGAGAUUCGCAUUGAGAGGGCGCAUGGCGCCAAUCACUUUACUAUGAUGAGGGGAGACUUUGCCCCUAAGCUUGCAUCUUUCAUUUAUCAAUCGCUUUGA